ACGGAAGUAACGGAUCAUUAGAGAUGAUAAAACUGCAAGACAUAUCAAAAGAAUUGUAUUACCUCUUUUCCGAAGCUUAUUUAAGGAUGGACUUAGGAUUCGAGUUUCUUGAUGGGACGAAGAAGUUGGACUUGAAGGUCUCUUUUUCCAUUGUGACAAGUGCCAUGGUGUUGCUGAUUCUAAAGUCAAGAUAUUGCAUAGAAGUCUUAUUCUCUUCUUUUUGAAGCAGUCUCUCUCGGCUCUUAUGUAGGUUUAUUCCUGUAUUCGAUAUUAUUUACAAAGGCUAUAUUUGUAGUACAAUGAAAGUUUUAUCUUACCUUGAGAGUCUGAAUUGUGUCUGGUCAAUACAUUAGGUACAUAUGUCCUUUUCAUCUUUCUUUGAGAUAAAGAGAGAAAAGAAAUACAGUUUGCAAGUUAAACCAAAAUAUUUCCGAGCGGGAUUUAUGUUCGAUUUGAAAUGACUCGAAAAGUGUGGAGGGGAAAUCGCUUUCUGUAAAGAUUCUUCCAGAUGGAGUUUUGAGCAACCAUUUGAAGUGUUUCAUUUCAUGGGGAAUGAUUCUUAUUUGUUUUUGCACGGAAUUUGAAGACAUUUUGAUAUCGUUACAUAUUUUUUGCAGUUUAUUUUGUUAAAUAUGUCGAAAAUUGCAAUAUCAUGGAUACGAUGCUGAUGUAACAAGUGUUCCUGUUUUUUGAGUUUGUGAACAUGAAACUUUAUUUCUCAAAGACUUGAAUGGAUUCAAUUUCUCAACUGCUGAUGGCCAUUCCAGAUACUUCCUUUUCUUGUUCUUGGGAUAGUCGCAUCUUUUGAAUUGUUGAAGUCUUUUCUCUGGAGUUGGAGAUUGUCUAUGGAUCGUUGAUUGGUUGUGCUGAUGUGUUGCUGUUAGUGAGAGGCAAGAAAGCUUUGGCACAAUUA